AUGUCCUCUACCCUUGAACGUGUCCCUCACGUGCGACAUGCGACCCUCCCAGCGCAGACGACUGCAGAACAAAGAUACUGGCGUGGGUUUACAAGCUCUCAGCUGGUCAAAGAACACAAUUCUGUGACGCAUAUCCACUUUGAUCCCAAUUCGCCUCAUGAUUUCGCUGUGACAUCUUCUACGAGAGUCCAAAUUUUCUCAUCCAAGACCCGCAAAGUGUCAAAGACAUUUUCCAGAUUCAAGGAUACCGUUUACUCUGGUGAGUUCCGUCACGAUGGAAAACUUUUGGUUGCAGGAGAUGCCUCUGGAUUGGUCCAGAUUUUUGAUGCAAUGCACCCGCGAACCCUCCUUGUGUCGUUAACUCCGUCCUCACAUCCUACACACGUGACUAAAUUCAGUCCAUCCAACACUACACAGCUAUUGACAUGUUCUGAUGACAGAAUCGCUAGAUUAUACGACAUUUCCGACACACAGCGCCCAAUCAUUAGUUUUGGAGACCACGAGGACUACGUCAGAAGUGCCCAUUUCAUCAAUGGUGUGUCGACAAAUCUCGUUGUGACCGGCUGCUACGACGAUUACGUUCGUGUUUUUGAUGCCCGUGCUGGUUCGCAGCCAGUCAUUAAGUUCAAUCACCAAGAUCCCGUGGAAGAUGUUCUGUCGCUCAAUCCUACGAAUUUGGUUUCCUGUGGUGGCUACAGCGUGAAAACGUGGGACUUGACGGCUGGUAAAAACACCAGAACACUUUCAAAUUUCAGCAAGACGGUCACGUGCCUCAGCGAUGCUGGCGAGCGUGGUGUUCUUGCUGGUUCUGUUGAUGGGCACUUGAAAGUGUUCGAUUCGCAGUCGAUAAACUGGGACGUCAAGUUUGGCUGGAAGUUUGGCAGCGGUGUGCUGAGCUGUGGUGUCUCGCCUAACCACAAGCAUCUGGUUGUUGGACUCAACUCGGGACUCUUGACCAUCAGAACAAGAAAGACUGAACCUCGAGUUUCUCAGGGUAACAAGCAAAGCAAGUCUGCUGCGUUUGCAAGGAUGAUGCGUGGCUCUGAAUAUCACGGAGAGAGCGAAUUUCGCGUGGUGGACGACAAGAAUGAAAACAGCAAGAAGUUGAAGCCGUUUGAAAAAGACUUGAACAACUUCAAAUGGUCUGAGGCCCUUGAUCAUGCUCUAGUCUCAGGAAUGUCUAAAGAGCUCACUCUCACAUGCAUGGAAGAGUUGAGAAAGCGUGGAAAGGUGAGAACUGCUCUUUUGGAUAGAGACGAGAACUCAUUGGAACCGCUGCUCACAUGGUGUCUGAAAAAUAUCAGCGAUCCAAGAAAUGUCAGUGUUAUUGCAGACUACACCACAUGCAUAUUAGAGCUGUAUGGCGAUCUCAUAGAAAAACAGCCUGUGCUCGAGGAAUUGGUGUGGGGAUUACAAAAACGCGUGGAACAGGAGAUUCUGAAGUGCGAGGAAGCUUACAAAAUUGGUGGUAUGUUGCAGUUGCUGGCCGCGUGA